CGCUCGCUUCCGUCCAACUUUCACCCUGUCGCCAUGCUCUGCAUGUGCUGAAACACAAAAAAAUAAAUAAAACGUUCCUUUGUGUUUGAAGUUGAAACUAUAAUUUAACUGAACGAGAUAAUUAAUUACUAACGCAACUGUGCAAUUUUCUGUCACUGGCUGAACUUCAAAAGCUUCAUAUAUUUUCACACUCCCCACGACAGCAGUGUGAAAGGGGUCGGACUGAAAGGGCAGUUGGUUACUCCUGAGCCAGCAGGCUCGUUCCUGGGGGAUGGACACUGUUCGUAUAAAAGAGGAACCAAUUGAUUACGAUGAGGCGGCUUCGUCACAUACAUCGUCAAAAAGAAAGCGCCGGAAGCGGCGUCGUGAGGAGGAAGAAGAACCUACGUCCGAACCAACUACCAUUAAGAUAAAGAAAGAAAAAGACUUAUUUGAACCGCCGGAAGAUGAGGAUUCCUCUCACACUGUAUUCGCUGAGACCCGGGGGGAUCGGGAACUGACAGACCAGGCCCCACCCUCGAUACGGGUUGACGCUGAUGAACUACCGGGGCCGUCGUCGUCGGUUCCAAAUGGCUCAAGUUCGGCUGCUAGUCCUUCUGCUUCUGCCACCGAGAACUCAAUUCCAGAGUGGUUACCAGAACCCGAUCCAGUCCCACUCACCAACUUUUUCGAAUUCUCCUCCGCACCAAUUCCCACCUUGGAAAAUACCGUGCUGGAGAAUAAACUAAAGGAAAAUAAACUGGGACCUGAACCCAAGAUUCCUAAAGUUGCACAUUAUAAUGCACACGACGAAGUUGAUGAAAAGAAGUACAUUGUAGAGAACGAGGCUACAAAUAGCAAGCUCAUUAAGGACCACAAUAGAAUAGAAGCUGCAAAAGAUGAAGAAGACGAUGAAGCAGAUACCAAUUACGACACUUAUGAAAGCAGUUUGGACCCCAAUGGUCCACCCAGACGAGAGAAAGUUUAUGUCAAAUAUAACUUUAAGGAUCGUCACAUAAAUACCUCUCGACUUGCCGUAUUUACCGCAAAAGAGAAGAUUUUAAAAGCAAUUGAGAAUCAUCGAGUCGUCAUUGUCGAUGGAUUUACAGGAUGUGGGAAAACUACACAGGUCCCACAAUUCAUCCUUGACCAACAUUUUGCAAACGACAAAGUUUGUAAUAUAGUUGUAACACAGCCGAGAAAAAUUGCUGCAAUUUCUGUUGCAAAGCGUGUCUGCGAUGAGCGUAAUUGGAAGUUAGGCCAGGUGGUUGGUUAUCAGGUUGGAAUGGAGACCAAGCGGGACAGAAAUGACACACUGUUGACGUACAUGACCACCGGCGUUCUCCUUCAAAAAUUAAUUGCUACAAAAAGUUUCCAAAGUUUGACGCACAUUAUAAUCGACGAAGUUCACGAGCGUGACUUGGAAUCUGAUCUUUUGCUUCUCGUAAUUAAAAAGAUUUUGCAAGAUGAUGUCGAGGGCAAGCAUCGACACGUCAAAUUUGUUCUCAUGUCUGCAACUCUCAACUCCAAAAAGUUCUCACGGUAUUUUCCAAUGCGAACGGGUGAAUCCGAAAUGGAAGAGUCCCCCGUUAUCAAAAUUCCUCAUUCAUUUCGACAUAGAGUGGACGAAGAGUUUGUGGACAAUAUGUUGGCGUCAAGCAGAGACUUGUUGGAUAUCGUCGAGUCAAACUUGAACAUGGAGAAGGCCACCAUUCCUGAAGAAAUGUACACGGUGGCAGUGGACUGUAUCAUUAGUUUGGACGAACAUGAUCGAAAACUGGCAACUGAUCCCAGGGUCCGGUCAUCCAAACAAACUUCAAAUUCUCGAGUUGAGAAGAGAGGAUCCGUUUUGGUAUUUCUGCCCGGAAUGGAAGAAAUCAAUCGACUCUAUCGUUCUUUGACUUCAAAAAACCAAAUUGAUUUAGAAGAUGCUGUCAAGGACGAUCCUAACUUUAGAGAGUACGACUUCCAUCAGUGGGACGUUGUACCACUGCAUUCAACAAUUACCUCGGACGAGCAGCAAAGAGUAUUUGACAAACCUCGUCCAUUCCAUCGGAAAAUUAUAUUAUCCACUAACAUUGCUGAGAGCUCGGUGACUGUUCCAGACGUCAUGUAUGUGAUUGAUUUCUGUCUUACAAAAUCCCUUUGUAUUGAUCCCUACACGAAUUUUACCACAUUGAGAAUGGUGUGGGCAUCAAUCAGUCAGUGUAUUCAAAGGAAAGGACGAACAGGUCGAGUUUGCGACGGGAAAGUCUUCCGACUGGUUACAAAGUCUUUUUUUGGGAAAUUACCUCAAGAUACGAAACCGGAAAUGCUGAGAUCUAAUUUGGAGACCGUGGUACUCCAGUUGAAGAAACUAAACUUGGGGACGCCGAAAGAAUUGCUGUCAAUGGCCCUCGACCCCCCGGUCGUUUCUGGUAUUGAACGAGCCGUUGCAAACCUUAAAGAGCUUGGUGCACUCACAAUUCUGACCACACGCUAUCCUGGGGGAGUUCAAUAUGACACGUGUGAUGGGGAUCUGACUUUCUUGGGCUCAAUCAUGACAGACUUGCCAAUCCCUCAGCAGUGCGCGAGACUUAUAAUGCUGGGUCAUUGUUUUGGAGUCAUGAAGGAAGCAAUCAUUAUUGCAUCCGCCUUGAGCGUGAAGAAUCCAUUCAGCACUCCUUUUGUUCGUUCCCUUGAUGCGUAUUUGUCCAGACUAAGUUGGUCUAAAAAGAGUUGUUCCGACUUGUUUGCACUUUACUAUGUUUAUAAGCAUUGGAUUAAGCAAUUCUCUGAUAUCGGAGACUCUACCGAUCUUGACGACAAAAAAAGAAAUCGCACAACGUACAACGAAAGGCAAUGGGCUCGUGGUGCCUUUGUACAACUCUCUGUACUCAGGGAGAUCAAAUCUACUGUGGAGUUGAUUGAGGAAAGAUUGGCAAGACACGGUCCCCAUAUUGCACCAAACCCAUUCCAUGCCGAAACUCCAUCGGGUGAUUUGGGAAAGGAUGCAGGAAUUAUGCUGAAGUUGGCUAUUGCUGGUGCGUUUUAUCCUAAUUAUUUCCAUCGCCGCCGACCUGACGUGAAAACAUACGAGCGUGACAAGUCUAGAGAAAUCAGUGGACUAGAUCUGUAUAACACAGUCUACUUUAAAGGAUUUCCUGCUGGACACGAUGGAAAAAUCUAUGCCAAGUUCGUUGCAGACUAUUUAUCUUUCGGGUUGAAUGUGCCUUCCAUUAAGUUUGACGGCCAGAAAGUGCUUGCGACUUUUGACAACCGUGGGGAAAAAAUCGGACCCAUCAACAAGGGAAUCUAUCGGGCUGUCAAGAGGAGGCAAAUCCGUGACAUGUUGGAAAUAUCUUUAACUUCACGGGAUUGUGAAAAGAGGAUUUUGGAGGAAUGGGAUUCCAGAUUGGAUAGACGAAGAUUUAUGCGAUGUGUACCACAGGUCACCUUACCUGGCGUUGACGUGUCCAAAGUUUAUGUCCGUGUCACCCACGUGGAAAAUCCAGGUCAAUUCUGGAUUAACUAUUCAUCUCACACAAAAGCACUGGAUGAGAUGGUUGACCGAAUUAACGAAGGAUUGGUUCACGUACCCAUUCAUAGCAGCAAAGUUGUCCCAAAUGCGAUGUGCAUUGCUCCAUAUCAAGGACGUUAUUAUCGUGCUAAGAUCGUUCUUGUUGUUCCAUAUCCAAUAGAUGAUUCCCUGGUGUAUUUUAUUGAUUAUGGAAACACUGCUUGGGUAAAGAAUUCCACUUUGGAGGAUUUCAGUCCUUCUAUGAUUGAACAACGGUACAACUCGGUCCCAUGUUUGGCUGUGGAAUGUAGACUCAGUAAUAUCAAACCAGCUACAAUUCAUGGCGCAGGCUGGCAUGACACUGCCAAGAUGGAGUUUCAAAUGUUUGCUGAAAACGCUCCAUUCGUUUAUAUUGACAUUUUCUCCGUUUCAAAAAGUAUAAUUUCUGGCAAAUUAAUUGGACAUGACGAUCGCAGGGUCGAGCAAAACUUGAAUGACAGACUUGUGAACCUAGGGUUUGCAGAACUUACUGAAGAAGCUACUUUUUCACAGAAUAAUCAUCGAGCAAGACAGCGUGUCAGCUUACAAGACGCGGACGAACGAAUAGCUCACAAUAAAGAACAAAUAGGAGAGCAACUUGACUUUGAUUUUGUUCAGCCAAACAUUGAUCUUCGGAAAUGUACAAAAACUCUAAUCAAAGGUCCUUGGAGUCCGUUGGAAUUGGAUUUUCAGUCCUUGUGUCACAGCAGUAAUACGAAACAAGUCAAAAUCGACAACAACAGUGUAAAUUCCGUAGUUUUGGACACUGAGCCUACAGCCCCAAUUUCUAGAUUAUUGGUCGCCGGUUAUGUUGGUAUUCAAGACAGGAGUGGAAGUGUUGUCGCACGGGACACGACGAUUAUGCCUUCAGUACCUGGCCUUCUGUCCUUAAUGGCUAUGCUGUUUGCCCCCAAGAUUGAGUUGCGCAUAGAUGUUCGUCAGACGAAAUACACGGGGGUACUUUGUGGGCUUGGAUCGGCACCACAUGAACCUGAUCUCCCCAUCUACCCCGAUCAUGACGUGGAAAUUAUCUUUGAUACCGUUAUAGAUGAUGAUGACAUCGACUCUAUCAACCGUAUUCGCUAUCUCAUGAACCUUAUCAUGCGAAAGGAUCACAAAAAGCAAGGGGGUGGAACAGUUAACUUGUCGCACUAUCAGAUGUCUGUGCGAGAAGAACUGUUGAAGCUCCUGCAACGUCGACGCAAGGCUGGAGAGGAGGAGAUUUGGCCGCAAGAAGAGUAUAUGUGGAGUCGGAUUGCGGAAAGUUCAUUAGUUCCUCCGUCAAGAAAUUGUUUCGUGUAUGAGCCCAAAGACAUAUUUGCUCCCCAUUACAAGGUUAGGCUGAAUGACGAUAAUGCUGAAAAUUGGAGCUGGGGAUUUGCGGUGUAGAACCUUGAUUUGAAUUAUUCAAAUAUUAUUUAAAACUCACUAAAAUAUAUUAUAGAUGCUCGCUCAUCGUGCCCUUCUUUCGAGCGUGUUGUGUAUUAUAAUUUGUACAGCAAUGUACACCCCUCUUGUUUUUUUCUACCUACUUCUUGACCAAUAAUUGACAUUUUUCUUCUUGGACGAGUACGCCGAAUCGUUUAAAUUAAAUAAAUCGUGUUAAUCAAACAUUAAGUUGUAGUAA